AUGGUACCCAGUCGGGAAUGGAAAAGUCAAACAUUUUCCAUCUCUGGCACAUUUGCCGACUGUUUGCCUGCAUCUUCCACUGCUCUUGCUACAGCCUGUGAAAGCAAUGUUCUCCAAUACGACAAUGGUGGAGAUAAUACAUGCAUCUCUACUGCCUCUUGUAUCACUAUGACUAUUGCCGAGACAUCACCACUUGGAACACCUAUAGCCUCAAGAUACAUGUGCGGCGAAUACUGGUUCUAUGACACCAUAUAUCGAGUACUUCCUACAUCAACCACUGCUACUGUCACUUCAUCGGAGGCUACUACUACUUCUAUCAGCAAGAGUACACCAUCAAUUGACCCACCAGCGAGAGCACCAAGCACUGCCUCUGGCAGUUCUUCGCUUUCUGGUGGUGCGAUCGCGGGUAUUGUGAUCGGAGGCAUUGCAGCGGUCGCUCUGCUCGCAGCUUUCUUCCUGCGCAAGAAAAUCGCAGCGUACUUCGGGGACAGAAAGGAGGAAAUUUAUGAAGCCCCAUACGCUCCAGCACCGACGAAGCCCGGUGGGCUGUAUGAAAUUGGAUCAUCGGGCAGACAAACUGUACCCCCAAAUAACGAGGUGUAUGAGAUUGGAUCUUCUGGUCCCAAAGAGCACGACGGCUUGAAUGAGGCGGACUCGGCUAAAUGA